GUUGGAGAAUAACCAUCAAAUAUCCAAGAAAUUUAGUUUUCACAAGACAAACUCUGUUUUUUUGCCAUGGAUGAUCUUGUUUUGCACUCUUUAGGGUUUUCUUUAUUGCUUCUCCUUGGGCUCUAUGGAACUGGGAGAAUUGCAUACUCAAUUUGGUGGAAACCCAAGUCGCUUGAGAGGAAACUGAAGAAACAAGGGAUAAAAGGCACACCUUACAAGCUGUUGGUUGGGGACAUGAAGAAUUGCAUAAGGAUGAUAACUGAAGCAUGGUCCAAACCAAUCAAUCUAACCCACCAGAUUGUUCAGCGAGUUGAUCCAUUUACUCUUAAUAUCGUUCAGAAGUACGGGAAGAUAUCAAUGUUCUGGAAUGGGAAAACUCCAAGGUUGAUCAUCUCGGAUCCAGAACUAAUGAAAGAAGUACUGUAUAACAAGCAAGGUCACAUUCAAAAGCCGCCAGUAAGCCCGCUUAUUCUCAUUCUUGCAAGAGGACUGACUCUUCUAGAUGGUGAGAAAUGGGCUCUACACCGAAGAUUGAUAAAUCCUGCUUUCCACCUAGAAAAACUUAAGGGGAUGAUACCAGUAUUUGCGAUAAGUUGUAAAGAAAUGAUAGAACAAUGGAAGAAGAUGGUCAAUCAUCAAGAAGCUUGUGAAGUGGAUGUCUGGCCUGAGCUUCAAAAAACAGCAAAGGAUAUCAUUUCAAGGGCAGCAUUUGGAAGCAAUUACGAAGAAGGAAAGAAGAUAUUUCAACUUCAACAGGAGUUGGUGGUGCUGACCGUGGAAGCUAUGCGAACCUUGUAUAUUCCUGGUUUCAGAUUUGUUCCAACGAAGAAGAAUCAGAGGAGAAACAAGUUGAAUAUAGAGAUCACAUCAAUGCUGAGAGAUGUAGUUGAAAGGAAACAGAAUGAAAUGAGAACUGGACAAUCCAGAGUUGAUGACUUGCUAAGCUUGCUCUUGCAUUCUAGUGAGCAGAACAGUUCAGAAAAUGCAAGUAGCACAAAAAGCAAUGGGUUGACAAUUGAAGAGAUAGUAGAGGAAUGCAAGGUUUUCUAUCUCGCUGGCCAAGAAACAACCUCGGCCUUGUUAACAUGGACAAUGAUAGUCUUAGCUAUGCACCCAGACUGGCAAGAAAAGGCUAGGGAGGAAGUUCUGCAAAUUUGUGGGAAGAAAGAACCUGACUUUGAAGCCUUAACCCAUCUCAAGAUUGUAACCAUGAUCCUGAAUGAAAUCUUAAGGUUGUAUCCACCUGUUAUUGCUCUUUAUCAACAAACUCACAAGGAAACCAAGAUAGGAGACAUCACCAUCCCAGCAGGGGUUGACCUUACGCUUCCCACAUUGCUCAUUCACCACGAUCCAGAGUUCUGGGGUGAUGACGCAGAAGAAUUCAGACCAGAUAGAUUCUCUGAGGGAGUUUCAAAGGCAUCUAAAGAUCAUUUCGCUUUCUUCCCUUUCAGUUGGGGUCCGAGGACUUGCAUCGGCCAAAACUUUGCCAUGCUAGAAGCUAAGAUGGUUUUGGCUAUGAUUCUACAGCAUUUCUCAUUGGAGCUCUCACCUUCCUACAUUCAUGCUCCUUGUACUGUUAUGACAAUGCAGCCACAACACGGAGCUCAAGUUUUCAUUCGCCAAUUGUAAGCUACAAGUUGUCUGGCAAACACAAUGACUUGCAUCUUGUGAAUAAUGUCUCUUCCAUCUCAGAAGAGAAGAGUUUUCCCCUUGCGUCUCAGAUUGCCGCAACAGAAUUGUAAUCUUUCCCAAUAUUGAAUUCCAGAAAUAAAUACUAAUAAAGGUUAUGCUUGUAAUUAAAAUCAGCUAAAUGAAUGUUUGACUGGUCAAACUUAGAUUGAGUAGAA